GCUGCUUUCCCGACAUUUCCCGAGAUAAAAGGCAAUUGGCAUUAACGACGUGUAAAAUAUUGGAAAAUGACGGACGAUAAAACGGAAUUCGAUUGGGGAAACGAGAAAUUACAACGUGCUCAAAAAACUGUAGAUGAAUCGCCUUAUGAUUUGGAAGCAUGGAGCAUCCUCAUUCGAGAAGCACAGAACAGACCUAUCACAGAAGUAAGGCCAGUGUUUGAAAAGCUUGUCACUGUAUUUCCUUCAGCUGGUCGCUACUGGAAAAUUUAUAUAGAACAAGAGAUGAAAAUGCGCAACUUUGAGAAGGUGGAAAAGCUUUUCCAAAGGUGCCUCAUGAAAAUCUUAAAUAUUGAGUUGUGGAAACUUUACCUUUCUUAUGUCAAAGAAACAAAAGCCAGUCUUGCAACAUAUAAGGAAAAAAUGGCACAAGCAUAUGAUUUUGCUUUGGAUAAAAUUGGAAUGGAUAUACAUUCCUACAGUAUUUGGAAUGAUUAUGUUAUGUUCCUGAAAAGUGUUGAAGCAGUUGGUUCCUAUGCUGAGAAUCAAAAAAUUAGUGCAGUUCGCAAGGUAUAUCAACGUGGUGUUGUUAAUCCUAUGAUAAAUAUGGAACAAUUGUGGAAAGACUACAUGGCAUUUGAACAAAAUAUUAAUCCAAUAAUUGCAGAGAAAAUGGCAAUUGAGCGUUCCAGGGAUUAUAUGAACGCAAGGCGUGUUGCUAAAGAAUUGGAAGCUGUAACUAGAGGAUUGAAUCGAAGUGCUCCCAGUGUGCCUCCAACUGGUCAUCCAGAAGAGGUUAAACAGGUUGAAUUAUGGAAAAAAUACAUUGCGUGGGAACGCAGUAAUCCGUUAAGAACGGAAGACACUUCGUUAGUUGCUCGUAGAGUAAUGUUCGCUAUUGAACAAUGUUUACUAUGUUUGGGUCAUCAUCCUGCGGUGUGGCACCAAGCUGCGCAUUUCUUAGAACUUAGUUCGAAAAUAUUGACGGAAAAAGGGGAUGUGAACGCUGCGAAAAAUUUGAGCGAUGAAGCUGCUACAAUGUUUGAAAGGGCAACUAGCACAUUAUUAUCAAAAAAUAUGUUAUUAUAUUUCGCACAUGCAGAUUUUGAAGAAGGAAGAGUCAAAUACGAAAAAGUUCAUCAAAUAUACCAAAAGUUCCUCGAUAUACCCGAUAUUGAUCCUACAUUAGCAUAUGUACAAUAUAUGAAAUUUGCUAGACGCGCAGAAGGUAUAAAAUCUGCCCGGACAGUUUUUAAAAGAGCUAGGGAAGAUCCAAGAUGCAAACAUCAUGUAUACGUUGCUGCUGCAUUAAUGGAAUAUUAUUGUACUAAGGAUAAGAAUAUUGCAUUCCGGAUAUUUGAACUGGGUUUAAAAAAAUUCGCAGACAAUCCUGAUUAUAUACUUUGUUACAUCGACUACUUAUCGCAUUUAAAUGAGGAUAAUAACACAAGGGUUCUAUUUGAGAGGGUCUUAUCUUCUGGUAGUUUAGAACCGGAAAAAUCAGUUGAUAUAUGGAAUCGGUUCUUAGAAUUUGAAUCAAACAUUGGAGAUUUAGCUAGUAUCGUUAAGGUUGAAAAAAGGCGCAGUGCAGUCCUAGAAAAGAUUAAAGAAUUUGAGGGAAAGGAAACUGCACAACUGGUAGAUAGAUAUAAAUUUUUGGACUUAUACCCUUGCACUCCUAUGGAAUUGAGGUCUAUAGGGUAUAUGGAAGUAUCCAGUGUUACCAGAAGUACAGCUGGUGUAUUACCACGAAUUCCAGAUCCAGAGGAAGCUAUAGCAUCAUUACCUAGACCUGAUUUAUCACAAAUGAUUCCUUAUAAACCAAAAGUGAACCCACUGCCUGGAGAACAUCCAGUACCUGGUGGUUCAUUUCCACUGCCGCCAGCAGCAGCACAACUUUGUACCAUGCUUCCACCGCCUGGUUGUUUCAGGGGACCAUUUGUGGCCGUUGAUUUGCUGAUGGACGUCUUCAAUCGAAUUCAGUUACCAGAUCAUGCUCCAUUACCAAUAGCAGAUAAUGGAUGCGAUACAAAAUUGUUCGAUCUCGCGAAAUCUGUGCACUGGAUUGUUGAUGAAAGUAAUGAUGGAGUGAGCAUCGGAUCAAAACGGAGAAGAACGCGUUUGGGAGGCGACGACAGUGAAGAAGAAGACUUACCACCGCCUCCUGCGAACGACAUAUACCGCCAAAGACAACAGAAACGAGUCAAAUAA